AUGGCUGCACAACCGCAACGGCCCAAGGUUCAGCCUUGUCGUUACAAAACCGGGAAGACGCUAGGAGCUGGCUCCUAUUCGGUCGUGAAGGAAUGUGUGCACAUCGAUACGGGCCGGUACUAUGCGGCCAAGGUUAUCAAUAAGCGGUUGAUGUCUGGUCGCGAACACAUGGUUCGGAAUGAGAUCGCAGUGCUGAAGAGGGUGUCGAUGGGUCAUACGAAUAUUCUGACUUUGGUCGAUUAUUUUGAGACUAUGAAUAACUUGUACCUGGUCACCGACCUCGCCCUCGGAGGAGAGUUAUUCGACCGCAUCUGCCGUAAAGGCAGCUACUACGAGUCCGAUGCUGCAGACCUCAUCCGCGCAGUUCUCUCCGCAGUGGCUUACCUGCACGACCAUGGUAUCGUGCAUCGCGACCUGAAGCCAGAGAAUCUUCUGUUCCGUACCCCAGAAGAUAAUGCAGACCUGUUGAUCGCAGACUUUGGUUUGUCGAGGAUUAUGGACGAAGAGCAAUUCCAUGUUCUUACAACGACCUGUGGCACGCCAGGAUACAUGGCUCCCGAGAUCUUCAAAAAGAGUGGCCAUGGAAAGCCAGUUGACAUCUGGGCCAUUGGCGUGAUCACCUAUUUCCUCCUAUGCGGCUACACUCCCUUCGACCGCGACUCCAACCUGGAAGAGAUGCAGGCCAUCCUUGCAGCUGACUACUCCUUCUCCCCCGCCGAAUACUGGCACGGUGUCUCUCAAGCAGCCCGCGACUUCAUCCGCCGCUGCCUAACCAUCGACCCCAAAGGCCGAAUGACCGCCCACGAAGCCCUCCAGCACCCUUGGAUCGACCCGCCCCACGACACAGACGCGACAUAUGUUGGCUCCGGCCAAGACCUCCUCCCGACAGUCAAGAAGAACUUCAACGCGCGGCGGACGCUGCAUAGAGCUAUUGAUACCGUCCGGGCUAUCAAUAAGUUGCGUGAAGGUGGCGGGCUUAUGGUUGAUAAUGUGAUGGGUGUUGAUCCGAAGCCGGAACGGGUUAACGGUAGUGAGAUCGUGGAGGAACAGCAGCCGCCACCGCCGCAGCAGCAGCAGCCGCCGCCGCACGGGACCAAGCAGAUGGAUAGCCGUGGAAAUGCACGGGGUCAGACGGAGGAGCAGAUCAAAGAGCAGGAGCGGAGGGUCAAAGAGAUGGUGACUGGGUUGUGGAAGGGAUCUGCUAGGAGAUGA